GCAGGCAAGAUGGUGGCGCGCAGGAGGAAGCAGGCGGCUGCGGGCGGCGGAGGGGCGACGCCGAGCCCACCGGGCUACUCGGCCGUUCCAGUCAAGUUCUCGGAGAAGCAGCAGGCGCCUCACUACCUGUACCUGAGAGAACACAAGGUUCGAGAAGGCGCCCCGUCUUCCUGGCCUCAGAAGCGCACCCUUUUUGUCCUCAACGUGCCCCCGUACUGCACGGAGGAAUGCCUGGGACGCCUCCUGUGCUCCUGCGGCCCCGUGCAGUCCGUGCGCUUGCAGGCGAAGCCUGACCUCGCCGAGAGCCCCGAGGAGCCCACGUCCAAGUUCUUCCACCCCAAGCCUGUUCCCGGCUUCCAGGUAGCCUACGUGGUGUUCCAGAAGCCAAAGGCGGUGUCGGCUGCCUUGAGCCUGAAGGGCCCUUUGCUGGUCUCCACGGAGAGUCACCCUGUGAGCAGCGGCAUCCACAAGUGGAUCGCCGACUACGCAGGCUCUGUGCUGGACCCUGAGGCCCUGCGGCUGGAGGUGGACACGUUCAUGGAGGCGUAUGACCAGAGGACAGCCGAGGAGGAGGCCAAGGCCAAGGAGGAGGAGGGCGUCCCGGACGAGGAGGGCUGGGUGAAGGUGACGCGCCGCGGCCGGCGGCCUGUGCUCCCGCGGACGGAGGCGGCCAGCCUGCGCGUGCUGGAGAGGGAGAAGCGGAAGCGUGCGCGCAAGGAGCUGCUCAACUUCUACGCCUGGCAGCACCGCGAGACCAAGAUGGAGCAUCUCGCACAGCUGCGCAAGAAGUUCGAGGAGGACAAGCAGCGGAUUGAGCUGAUGCGCGCCCAGCGCAAGUUCCGGCCCUACUGAGCCUGCGGCAGAGGGCGCCCGGGACCCCCGCCUGAGGACGGCUCACCCCGGGCCUGCGCCCAGCCCCACCCAGCGCAAGUUCCGGCCCUACUGAGCCUGCAGCAGGGGGCGCCCGAGGGCGCCCGGGACCCCCCGCCUGAGGACAGCCCAGCCCCGCCCAGCGCAAGUUCCGGCCCUACUGAGCCUGCGGCAGAGGGCGCCCGGGACCCCCGCCUGAGGACAGCCCAGCCCCGCCCAGCGCAAGUUCCGGCCCUACUGAGCCUGCGGCAGAGGGCGCCCGGGACCCCCGCCUGAGGACAGCCCAGCCCCGCCCAGCGCAAGUUCCGGCCCUACUGAGCCUGCGGCAGAGGGCGCCCGGGACCCCCGCCUGAGGACAGCCCAGCCCCGCCCAGCGCAAGUUCCGUCCCUACUGAGCCUGCGGCAGAGGGCGCCCGGGACCCCCGCCUGAGGACAGCCUAGCCCCGCCCAGCGCAAGUUCCGGCCCUACUGAGCCUGCGGCAGAGGGCGCCCGGGGCCCCCGCCUGAGGACAGCUCACCCGGGGCCUGCGCCCAGCCCCGCCCUCCAGGGAACGCCGGCCGCGUGCUCUGUGCCCCCUCCCUCUGGAAAAGGGCAGUGAGAACACAAGGAGUUUAUUUCCCGUUCUGCUGGGCAGCGGGGAGAGGUUACAGGGCCUUGGGGCUGCAGGCCCAGGAGCGCCUGUCCCGGCCUCCUCCACCUCUACUGCCGGCGCCCGGAGUCCAGUCCCCCUGUCGCCAUCACAGGUGUGAGAGUCAGAGCCGGCGCAGGCCUCCUGGGGGCCGGGACCUCGGAGCGGGGCGGACGCCGGUGCGGGGGGUGAGCUGUCUCAGCUGUAGCCGGGCUGGCGUCCCGUGCUCUGUAAGAAGGCGCUGAUCACUCCGGCCACGUGGCGGGGCUCGUUCAUGUGCACGUAGUGGUUGCCUGGGACUUCCACGAACUGGAACCGCUGUGGAAGCCAGGGGUGCAUGAUGAGGUGUGGCCCUGCCCACCUGAGGGCAGGAGCAGCCGGCCUGGGGCCCCAGGCAGCACCCAGGGGUCUCGGACCACACGCGGAUCAGGGCCACGUGCAUCACGAGUCGUGGCCCAGCCUGGGGCAGGGGCUGGGGAGAGGGUCCUGAGUGGAGGCAGAGCAGCCUCCCACCUGCCCCUGCUGGGGGCACAGAGGCCCCACCCUGGCUCUGCCUGUGACGUUGCCAGGACCGGCACCGGCUUUGCAGCCAGCGCUCCCGCCCGUGUGCCGCCAGCAGUGGAGGGUGAUGGGGGGCUGCUGUCCUGUGGGGCUGCCCGCGGCAGGUGUCCCGAGUCACGCCUGGCCUGAGGCAUGUGGAGGACAGUAAAUCUGGAAGAUUGUGCCAA